AAUAGCACGUAAAUUCUCCAUGCCUGUGACUGUCCUCAAAGUGUGAAUAAUGGGCCAAGCGAACAAACUCCAACCGUCGUCCUUCUUGGCAUUCUUCAUUCCCCAUUCUUCACUCGUCAUCCCUCAUCCAGUCUCCAACGCUAACAUCUCUCAUCCUCCAUUUCCUUCUCAUACCACCCUCUUAAUGCCUCGUGUCAGCAUCAGCCCGAUUCAUGUCGGGGACCUCAACUUCUUGAUCCUCGACUGUCCUUCGGAUGCGGUCUUGCCCGCUUACAUGCCCGUUCUCGAGGAAAACCAUGUCACCGAUCUCGUUCGUAUUUGCGAGGGCAGUCCCUACAACAUUAAACCGCUCAACGACGUCGGCAUCCGAGUGCACGACGACAUGAAAUUCACCGAUGGCACAGCGCCUGGAAAGGAUGUUGUCGCGAGAUGGCUGGAACUGAACGACCAGGUCUUUUUCAACUCGCCUGAAAAGGGUCGUUGCAUCGCCGUUCAUUGCGUCUCCGGCAUUGGAAGAGCACCGGUUCUUGUGGCCAUCUCGCUCAUCGAGGGAGGCAUGGAUUCCCUGGAUGCAAUUGCCUACAUUCGAAAGGUUAGAAGAGGCGCCCUCAACCGCAACCAAGUUGCAUUCCUGGACGGGUACAAGAAACGGAAAAAUGGUUUCGCGGCGAAAAAGGCAGCGGGCAUUACCAAUGGCGCCACCAACUCAUCGACUUCGUCUAGUCUGCCUGCUGCAUCAGGGCCUGGGAUCGAGAAAAAGAAGACUGGGUUUAUAUCCAAGAUGUUUGGAAAAAAAUAAAUGAACUAGGAAGCCGCUGUUCUUUCUUUAUUCUAUUG